AUGGAGUCCGCUAACGUGUCAUCGAGCUUGUUUGGCAACGUGUCCACCGUGCUGCGGCCGGAGGCGCGACUCUCCGCCGAAACGCGUCUGCUGGGCUGGAAUGUGCCGCCGGAGGAGCUGCGCCACAUACCCGAGCACUGGCUCACGUAUCCAGAGCCGCCCGAAUCGAUGAACUACCUGCUGGGAACUCUCUACAUCUUCUUCACAGUGAUGUCGAUGGUGGGCAAUGGACUGGUCAUCUGGGUAUUUUCGGCAGCCAAAUCGCUGCGCACUCCCUCCAAUAUACUGGUCAUCAAUCUGGCCAUCUGCGACUUCAUGAUGAUGACGAAGACUCCGAUAUUCAUCUACAAUAGUUUCAACCAGGGAUACGCCCUAGGUCAUCUUGGCUGUCAAAUCUUUGGAGUUAUCGGCUCGUACACGGGCAUUGGAGCUAGUGCCACGAAUGCCUUCAUAGCCUACGAUCGUUACAACGUGAUUACUCGUCCCAUGGAGGGCAAAAUGACGCACGGCAAGGCCAUUGCCAUGAUAAUAUUCAUCUACAUGUAUGCUACCCCCUUCGUGGUAGCAUGCUACACGGAAACUUGGGGUCGAUUUGUGCCCGAGGGCUAUCUGACCUCCUGCACCUUCGACUAUCUAACCGACAACUUCGACACCCGCCUAUUUGUGGCCGUCAUCUUUUUCUUCAGCUUUGUGUGUCCCACUACGAUGAUCUUGUAUUACUAUUCCCAGAUUGUCGGCCAUGUCUUCAGCCACGAGAAAGCAUUGCGGGAUCAGGCCAAGAAGAUGAACGUGGAAUCGCUGCGCUCGAAUGUGGACAAGAGCAGGGAGUCGGCGGAAAUCCGGAUAGCCAAGGCGGCCAUCACCAUCUGUUUCCUGUUCUUCUGCUCCUGGACGCCGUACGGGGUAAUGUCUCUGAUUGGCGCCUUUGGGGACAAAGCCCUUUUGACGCCCGGUGCCACAAUGAUCCCCGCCUGCGCCUGCAAAAUGGUGGCCUGCAUCGAUCCGUUUGUGUACGCCAUCAGUCAUCCCAGAUACCGCAUUGAGCUGCAGAAGCGAUGUCCCUGGCUGGCGCUCAACGAGAAGGCGCCAGAAUCGUCGGCAGUCGCAUCCACCAGCACCACCCAGGACCCGCAGCAGACCACCGCCGCCUAAUGCAAAGUGCCAUGCCACCCACCCGAAAAACGCCGACCAUGAUGAUGAACUGAGAGGCCAACGAACUUGUAAUACAAAGUGCUGCGGAAAAAAUGUAUAAAUGUUUCACUGAUUUUAAGCCACUGUGCAAGAUGUAUUAACAUGUUUUUCCAAUUAUGUUUUGUAGUCUCUUUUGUGUUUAUCAAUGAAAUAUAGUCGAAUUAUUGCAAGCAA